UGCUAGGAGAGACACGUACUUGUAACUUCCGGCGGUGUACUUCCUGUUUCGGUUUCAAAACAUGUUUUAAUAGUUUUAGAAGACUUGUGCUCUUUUUAAGUCAAAAGUCAUGAAAGCAAUAGUCCAGAGAGUUGCAAGAGCUAGUGUGACAGUUGACGGUAAGGUUAUAAGCAGUAUAGGCAAUGGUCUGUGUGUAUUGGUUGGGGUUGGAAGAAAAGAUGCACCAAAGGAAGCCGAGUGGCUAGCUCAGAAAAUCCUUAAAUUACGAUUGUUUGAUGAUGAUAGUGGGAAAAGAUGGAAUAAAAAUGUUAUGGAGAAACAGUUUGAAGUCCUUUGUGUCAGUCAGUUUACAUUGUAUGUACAAAUGAAGGGCAAUAAACCAGACUUCCAUGAUGCUAUGGCUCCUGAUCUGUCAGAACAGUUCUAUGGAGACUUUUUGAAAAUCAUGAAAAAAAAUUAUUCAGCGGACAAAAUAAAAGAUGGUGUAUUUGGUGCGAUGAUGGUAGUUCAUAUAGAAAAUGAUGGUCCUGUCACAAUACCUUUGGAAUCACCAGAUAAUUUGCCAGAACCAAAGGUCAGAAAAUGGCAAACAAAUAAAAAGGCAUCUCAGGGAAAUAAAGGAAAAUCUAACACUACAACAGAGAGUUCUUCCAGCAUUGCUCAUUAUACCACAGAGGAUAGUUCUGCCAGGGGUGCAGAGAAUACCACAGAGGAUAGUUCUAUACCUUGUGACAAUACAAAGGAGAGAUCUGAUGAUAAGGUUGAAGAUUUAGCAGUGGAUAGUUUGACAAUCAGUUCAGAAGGAGCUGGAGGAGAUAGUUGAUGAAAGCUUCCUUAUAAUGAAUAAAUGUGAAAAAACACACUAAUUUGAAAAUUUCCGUACGUGAAAACUUCCUUACAUCAGUCAUUUUUUACUCCUCGUUCAAGUGGAAUGCCUCUAGAUUUAUGUCAGGUUUUUCAAAAUGUAAAAGAAAAGAAUUGUUUAUUGCAAUAGUAGUAGGAAGAAGAAAUAAGGUGAUUGCAGCAUUUUACAAACUGUUUAUACAUAGGAAAACAUUCUUGUUGCCUGUAAAUUAUGUAGAGCUUAAAUAAGGGAAUUGAAAUUUGAUAUGAAAUAGAAGGAAUUAAGCUGUUUCUUAUAUCUUACACAUCAGACUAAAUAUUUGAGCCAUGUCAUGGGAAAACCAACAUAGUGGCUUUGCGACCAGCAUGGAUCCAGACCAGCCUGCGCAUCCGCACAGUCUGGUCAGGAUCCAUGCUGUCCGCUAACAGUUUCUCUAAUUGCAAUAGGCUUUGAAAGCGAACAGCAUGGAUCCUGACCAGACUGCGCGGAUGCGCAGGCUGGUCUGGAUCCAUGCUGGUCGCAGAGCCACUAUGUUGGUUUUCUCAUGGCAGGGCUCAUUUUAUCAUUUAGUUAUUGUUUUUCAAUAUUUAGUAUCAACUGUUAUCUGUUUUGAAAAAUUAAAUGUUUAUCUAGAGAUAUGCCCUUUUGAAAUAUCUUGA